GACAUAUCAUUGAUAAGCUGAGAGUAUUGUAUACAAAAUUGAAACAUGCAAAGAUAAAUUAGAGUUGCUGCAGUAGUACAUGACACUGCAACGCACUCAAAGUUCCCCGUGUGCCUCAAAAUGAAUUGAAUAUAUUUAGUUUUAAUGCGCAAAAGCUAUAGGCUAUCCUAAUGAAACGGCCAAUAAUCGGCUAUGAUAUUACAUGUGCAGAAUUGAAAUUGUUAGCAGAAACUAUUUGAGGGUUUAAAGUGAAAGCCAAAGGAGCAAAUGCGACGUUUUAUGAGACCUCGCUGCAUUAUUCAGCUUUUUGGUUUGGGAUCUCGUACAGCUCCCUAGCUUACUUGUCUCCAAGAGUGAGUGAGUGCAUGCACAACUUGGACCAGAAAUAGCACUUCAAAGUUUUGCAUUACGCUGGUGCUGUGAUGCCUCUGAAGGCUGCAGCUGUGAGCCUCAUGAGCCACAUGCGUAAAGGCCAUUUAAUAAGCAUCUUUUGGAUCCGUCACGUCUCAAAAUAUUGACUCUGUUUCUAAUGUGCUGGAUAUGACGCUGUCAGCAAAGGUUUUGACAAGUCAAUCCAUAGAAAUAACCUAGAGUAAUACAGGUUUGCAACUGAUUUUCUCUUAUCAAAAAUGGUAGCUGAUUAAAAGUCACUUAAUAUUCGGUUAAUUGCUUUAUUUUAAUUACUACAUCUAAGAAUGAUGAAUUCAGUCACCCUUAAACACAAGUUCAGAUAGUGUGCACUUGUUUUUCUCAUUAACGGAAAUGCUGACGAGCGACUCUGAAAAUAAUUUGGGGUUUUAGACUUGACACUACAAAUUACGAACCACGUAGAAGACAAACAGCACCUAUUAAAACACCUCGUAUCUGACAUCAGAUUGACCACUACUUUAUGGAUUUCACAAAGUCACAGUCAUCUUUUUUCCCUGCAAACAGAGAUGAUAAAACUUCAGUCAAAAAUGAGCCGCACAUGUCGAAUUGGUGUAUAUAACGCAUACUCCCAAAAUGUAAAAAAACAAAUGAGGAAAAGUCAAAGUAAUGGCAGUGUCACAAGAGAAAAAAAAAUCUAAUACAACUUCCACAGUUAUGAUAUUGCAACACAAUUAUUGCAGUGUCGGCAUGCAAGAUUGUUUCACCGAAAAAGUCAACCAUGCUGAAAAUUAUAGUCCGUGUGAAGCUAUAUAAACAAAUUAGUCAGCAUUGUAAUAACUAACCAUUUGAUUUCUUUUAGUCUGCUGACGGUUUAAAAAAGACAAAGUCCGUGUAGAAAAAAAUACCCAUCUGGAGGAUAAUUUAUAAAACCGCAUGGCGUUUUGUUACGAUUUGUAACUAUUACUGUCUUUCUGUUACGCAUUCAAACAAAGAUAGAAAAAUAAUCACGCUUAGUUUUAUCCUUUGCAGGAUAAGCUUGUAUCGGUACUUACAGUGGGCUACAGAAACGAAUUCUUUUGAACUUAAGUCUGCGACGGCACCACCUUCUGUGACCCUCAUCUGCUACCGUCCUGGGUCUAAAGGAAAAUUACCCCGGAUCAUAACAACAGGUCCCGUCCAUUACAUUUUUUCCUCGGGACAAUGGCCGCAGCUCGCCCUAUUCACACAUCCUACUCACACGGAUCCCACCAGGCAGAGCACGGAGUCAGCUCUGUAGUAUGCGCUGAAGGGCAAACGGCUGGAUAUGUAAAUAUGUGCAUUUAUCAAAGCGCAUAUUAAUGGUAUGUACUCCGGACUAUUUAAAACUACCACGUGGAGUUGUCCUUUGCACAAGUUUUUCUCCGCUGACAUCGAUCGUUUACGUGCGUAAACUUACGCGUAAUUUGUGCGUAAAGCUGCCCUUGAUACGCUGCAGUGCAAAAUAAAGAUAUCACUGCAUUAUUUAUGAUCCUUACAACUUUUACAGCGACAAUAUGUACACUCUUCGCGGAGCAGUCUGUUUUGUAAGGACAUAAUCAAAGUGGGGAAAUUGCUAUUUCAUAGCCUCACAGCCUUUGUGAGCCGCAACAAAAGAGAAGCGACUGUAUAUCGGGAUCAACUUUUUAGGACUUUUAUUGUACAAUAACCUUUGCAUAACAACUAUUCCUUUUUUCCUGAGCGUUGCCCGAGGCACUGCGCAUGCGCGGUAGCUGCUCGCUGUCACUAAGACAUUUUUCUUCACGUUGGAAACUGUCACUGGUGACGUCAAUCACAGAGCUCUGACCAAUUAGAGCGCAGGGUGAUUGUUUAGCUCCACGGGCUGCAGCGCCUACCAUGAAUCUCUAUUCAGUAUCAAAGCGUCCUGCUGCUGCCUCUCAACCGAAUGGGAUUCCAUGUAGUCUGCAGAUAGACUUAACUUUAUAAAGUUUUUUUUCUUUAUUUUUUCAUUGCGAUUAAAAUAUAUUUGUCAUCAUCAUUAUUAUUUUGCCUGCUGUCAAGUUAUUCUAAAAUUAGGAAGUAAUGAGCGUGGAUGCUUUGGGAAGCCCCGUGAUGGACCCUACGUUUUCCAAACGGAACACGGCGCUGAGAUUAGUUGACUUGGCAGGGGCUCACCACCAUCACCAUCAUCACCACCAUACCCCUCAGAGCGUGACAGGCUUCCCGGGGUUCAGCAGCCAUCCACACUCAAUGGCUCACUCGCACCCUGGGGAGAUUACUGCGGAACCCCGCCUGGGGCCGAGUCCAUUCGGGCCAGAACACAUGGGGCACUCCGCGGCCCUCAAAAUCAGCCCAGCCCAUCAUUAUCCCCACCACCAUCACCACCACCACAAUCAUCAUAUGGCAGGCCACAGUGAAGUGGUCUCCAGUCAAACGGGAGCUUUUGGCCCGGUUCAGGCGACAUCGGUCCCCUAUUCUAUGUCUCACACGGCCCAGGCUUUAUCUGCAGGUAGGGAUUUCCUCAUCCGGAGAGAUCUGACAGCUCAAACCAUGCCAGUACUGACUGACCAGACUGCUGGUUCAGCCUCUCACCACGGAAUGUUUGUCUCAACAACAGGUAGCUAUCCCGGACACUAUGGUCAUCACCCUGACGCUGGGAACCAUACCCUCUUCUCCGGACUCCACCACGAGCAGCCUUCUAGCGGAUCACCGGGUGGCCAAACACUGAAUGGACAAAUAAGGUUAGGACUACCUGGAGAAAUGUAUGUUAGGUCUGAUCACUUGAGUCAAGUGGCAGGCUCCAGGGCUGAUCCGUUCUCUGCCUCGCCUUUGCAUGGCUACGGUGGUCUGAAUCUGAACAUGAAUCUUAGCGCUCACCACCACCACGGAGCCGGUGCCUUUUUCCGCUACAUGAGGCAGCCGAUAAAGCAAGAGCUGAUUUGCAAGUGGCUGGAGCCGGAGCACUCGCCGAAGAAACUUUGCUCCAAAACUUACAGCACCAUGCACGAACUCGUAACGCAUGUGACGGUAGAGCACGUUGGAGGACCAGAGCAAGCGAACCAUAUAUGUUUUUGGGAAGAGUGUCCCAGGGAAGGCAAACCGUUUAAAGCAAAAUACAAACUUGUAAAUCACAUUCGAGUGCACACCGGGGAGAAACCGUUUCCGUGUCCGUUCCCUGGUUGUGGGAAAGUGUUCGCAAGAUCCGAAAAUCUAAAGAUUCACAAAAGGACGCACACAGGUGAGAAACCCUUCAAAUGUGAAUUUGACGGCUGCGACAGACGCUUCGCCAACAGCAGUGACCGGAAAAAGCACUCGCACGUCCACACCAGCGAUAAGCCCUACAACUGCAAAGUGAGAGGCUGCGAUAAGUCCUACACACACCCCAGCUCCCUGAGGAAACACAUGAAGGUGCACUGCAAGUCCCCUCCGCCUAGCUCGGGCUAUGAGUCGUCCACUCCCUCCCUGGUCUCCCCUUCCUCAGACUUGGGCCGGGAACCAGGCGGCUCCUCGGUGUUGUCAGAGCCGGUGGGAGCCUCCCAGCCCGCGAAUUUAAGCGAGUGGUACGUCUGCCACAGCUCAGGUGCCAGCGGCGCUCAAACACCACCCAGCGGGCACUCUACACCGGACCCCGCAGACGAACCACCUUACAGAAACCCAGAACCGAGGGACGCUUUUUAACCCGGCUCAAGCUCACACACACACACACACACACACACACACACACACACACACACACACACACACACACACACACACACACACACACACACACACACACCAGCAGAGACAGAACACAUUUCCACAAGCUUAACAAUUAAAAACGCGGUUUGGCUUUGGUGCCCAUGUGCCUGUUUAGGACCACUGGUACCCUUAUUUUGGAGGGGGGGGGGGGGGAGUGAAGGGGAUGAGCCACAAAACAGAAAUCCAGAAUCAAGAGACGCGUUUUAACCACAUCGGAAGGAAAAUGUGCUAACCUUGAAGACGUGCUAAUUUCCAGGCAUAUAAAAAGAAUAUAUUUUCAAACAUCACUUGUUCAGAGCGGUUGGCUCGGUGCCUACACGCCCUGACGGCCCACAGGUCCACUUACAGAGAGAGUCUUGUAAAUCUGUUAGACAAUGUGGUACAUUAUUGUAGGCUUAGGCAUGUUGGUGUAAAAUUAUUAUUAUUAUUAUAUUUUUUUUUGUAAAUGAGUUUGAACUUCGAUAUGUUUUUAUUUAUUUUUCAAUCUAACAUUGAAGGAUUUUGUAUUACCGAACCAAAGUGCAUGUUUGAAUUAGAACAACAACAGCAACAGAGACAAAAAGGAAAAAAAAAUGUACAUUUGUAAAUUUUUGUAAGUUUCGAUGUGUUGAUGUUGAUAGUUUUGUAAGGAUCUGUCUUCGGAGCAGUUUCUUACCGGAUACUGCGGCUAUUUGUACAAAAACAUUUUAUGUUUACAUCUUACGUCCCCUCCCAAACAUUUGUGCAGAGGGUCAGUAAUUAAGCUGUUUCAUAUGCCUGCAGUAUUUGAUAUACGACCGUGAAAUUAUAAAUGUUUUUUAUCAAAGUGGGCAUUUUCUCUUUUUUUUUUUUUUUUUUUUUUUUUUUUUUUUUUUUUUUUUUUUUUUUUUGAAUAUCUGAAAUCCAGCGGCACUCAAAAUGCGUACCGAAUUGCCUUGUAAUUUGUGAGUAUUUUGAAUAAAUCUUGUAUGACAAAAGUUAAAUCCCUGA